UAAAAAGAUACAGCAAGAAGAUCAUCAGAAGUUAAUGGCUUCUAAAGAAAACAUAUACUUCUUACGGUCCUUUUUAUUACUUAUUGAAGGUGGCUUAUAUAUUUCAAAAGAAAUUUUAAGUCGAGAAUGUCAAAAGUCUGAAAAUGACCUUGAUGAAUUGCUCAAAAUUAAUGAACGGAAAUUGAAACAUUUGUUUCAUGACAAGCAAUACAAGAAAUUAUAUCCCGAAUUUGGCAAAGCCGAUAUCAACAGCUGGGAUUUGCAACUGUCAGUUGGUGUUUUGAUAAAUGUGUUUGGGAGAAACCUUACAUUGGUUGAAAAGGAGAAACUAAGAACGUUAAGAGAUAUAAGAAAUGAUAUUUAUAUGCACUGCACAACUGCUGCUCUAGAUGAAAAGGAAUAUGAAGAUGUGAAAGAACAAUUAGAUGACAUCAUUACAACAUUAGCGUCAACGUUUGAUAUAUCAGUACAACAACGUUGUUCAAACUACAUCAAACAGUUUACUUCAGAACAAUUAGAUGUCGUAAGACCAUCUUUACAAACAUUGAAUGGAUUUAGCCAGUCAUGUCAAAAGAAGCUAAAAGUUUGUGUGGAAACAGAAUUGGUUAUCGGUGGUCCUUCUGCAAACUGGAUAAGUCUUUGUGAACAUACUCUUGAGUCGAUAUUCAAUCAUGCUGAAAGCAUGGCAAGUGAAGAUUGUGGAUUUCAGGAAAUUGAAGAAAAUGUUAAGACAAUGCUUAGCUAUUUAGAGAGCAAUAAAGAUGUUGUAUUCAAAGGAUGUAAAAGAAAGUGCAUCAUUUUGUUUUUUGAGUGCGAUGACUAUGAAAGCUUCCUAAAUUUUCUUGAUAAGGUAGAAAGUCAGGAGUACACAUGCUAUUUACGUGACUUAUCAAAUUCCCUUCAUAGCUUCUUUAAGCCAAAAAAUCCGAUAUCAAUUACAUCCGAAGUUACAUCUGAGAGUUUGCAAUCGGUAUUGAUUGGCAUGAUUAAAACACUCACAAAUGAAGAGGAAGGGCGACGACAUGUCGUUGAAGUAUCAUCUGAAGACAAUAUUCACGAAAACAAGGCAAUAGCAAUGGCAUCACAUGGUGUAAACAAAGGAAAGCAGCUUACUAAUCAAAGCGAAACAUCUCUGUCUCUGAAUAUUGAAUUACAAUCUGAGGAAGCUUUACCUCAAAUGCUACAAUCAUUCCAAGGAAAGCAAUUCUCGGACAGUUUGAAGAAGGUUGCUGACUCACUCUCACGUCAUCAUGGCAGUGAAAUUAAACUCAAAGCAUCUAUGGAUGUCGGUGAUAUGCUGGAAGCUUUAGAAGAUUCAGUUUCCAGCGCAAUUACAGUUGCUAAAGAGAAUAAAACGACGGAGAGUAUGUAUGCGAUGACAUCAAAGGAUGAUUUACACUCACUGUCGGAUGAAGAGAAGACAUUUUUAGCCGACAAAGUCCGUAUAAUGAAGUCCGUUCUGUUUCUCAGAAAAAAUUGCAUGCUAGAAGAUAUGAUGGAUGUCCUGUCCAGAAAGGGUUUGUUUACUCAUCAUAGGGAACAUUUUCGCAUUAACCGUAAAAGAAAUGCUGACAUAUUUAUCGCAACGGUGUUGACUAGCCCAAAAUUGCUUGAAGGCUUUAAACAGUAUCUACACGACCGAGGAAUUUAUUACAUUCUGAAGAUGAUUGACUUACAGAGCGUAACUUUAAACGAUAAAACAGUUUUAUCAGAACUAGAAGGAUCAAUGACAGGAAAAUGUCUAAGACCAAAUGGUGGCAAACCUCUUCUCAAAUUCACCAGCCAACAGAGAUAUUUACUUCUUCGGGAACUUGAAAAUGCAAAUGAUAUUGCUGCCAGUCUUUUAUCAAAGAUGAUUAUUAGUGGUAACGAAUUCUUGAAAAUAAGUCUUCAACAUGCCAGAAGAAAGGGUAUAACAAUCCUACUUGACAUACUUGAAAAAUGUUCUGAGAAUCAUUUAGUCGAUUUUUAUAUAGCUCUGAAAGCAAGCGGGUAUAACCCGUCGACUGAAGAAUUUGCCGGAAUAAACCAAUUCAUCUCGGGAAGUACGUACAAUUUACGCUCACUUGCAUUUAUUAAUUUAUAUUGUACAACUUUCAUUUUUAAAUGUCCAUAAGCAGUUUCAGAAAUAUACAAAG